UCCUACUCAGAUCUUCUUCACUUCUAAAAAACACAAGCAAUGAAAUCUGCACUUCUAAGAACCGGUUCAAUCCCGGUUCAAACCCUGAACCGGAACCCUUCGUUGAACGGUAGUGCAUGUUGUUCUCCAAAGAUCUCAUUCCGGUCUGAAAAUAGUGGGUUUAACAAGAUUAGACGGUCUAACUCCGAUACUGAGUUGAAUCGGUCGGAGUUGAUGAUCAUGAGUUCCCGUUUAAACCGACUUGGAUCGGUGUCUUUUCCCAUUAUUGCUGAAGAGGAGUUAGCGGGUGGAUUCGGAAUUGGAAUCGGAACCGGAACCGGAAAUGGUAAAGGAAAUAAUUAUGGAGGUAAAGGAAAAGGUGGGAGUAACAACAACAAUAAUAAUAAUGGUAAUGAAAAGGGUAGUAGUGUUGGAGAGUAUUACCAACAAAUGUUGAAGUCAAAUCCUGGUGAUUCUUUGCUUUUGAGAAACUACGGGAAAUACUUGCAUGAGGUGGAGAAAAAUGUGGAGAAAGCAGAGGAAUGUUAUGGAAGAGCAAUAUUAGCAAGUCCAGGAGAUGGAGAAUUAUUAUCAUUAUAUGGGAAUUUAAUUUGGGAAACUUCAAAAGAUGAAGAUCGUGCUCAACUUUACUAUGAUCAAGCUCUUCUUAACUCACCUGAUGUUAGCAUGGUAUUGGGAUCAUAUGCACACUUUUUAUGGGAAGCAGAGGAUGAUGAAGAAGAUGAUCAAGAAAUUAUGAAGCAUAUUCCUGCUAUGGUUGGAGCUCACUAAUUAAUAAGUCUCAAAAAUUGGCAUCGAUUUUAACUUUUGAUUUUGAGUUUUAACCUUUUUAGGGCAUUAAAAAAAAAAAAAAUCAUUUUGUAAUGUUUUGAGUGUUAAUUUUCUAGUUUUAUUACUAACUUCUAAAACUAUGUAUUACUAUUAGUAGGAAAUAAAUAGGAUGAUGCAUGUAAAAAGAGAGAUGCAAGACUUACAAUCACUAUAUGUAUACCAGUAAUUUUUAUUUAUAUGUUUGAGUAUAUAUAUAUUA